AUGAGAUUGAAGAGAGAAGCCUGUUGCCAGAAAUCCUACUAUCAGAGGGAUCAAUAUUUGGUCUUUGUAUCGGUGACUACAAAACAGGGAGAUGAAGCAAUGAGCUAUAGAGUACCCAAAUGUGUCGUUCAUUCUUCUACAGAGUGUUCAAAGGAAGCUCUGCCAAAUAAAAAUAUCUGCAGACAAGACAACGGAGGAGCAGAAGAUGUCGAAAUGGGAAAAUGUCUUAUAGCAGUCAAUGUAACGGCUGGAGAUUCUAGAGAUCCAGAGCACAGAGGAAGGUUUUUCGCAUUCGCGCCAACUCAUCAUUUGAUUCCGGGUCAUGUAGACAAAUCUUUUUGGUAUUGGCAAUACAUUUUCUAUAACGAAUCUCAGAAAAAGCAGGACCGACUGCUUAUAGUAAAUAUCGAACCACUUCUAAGGCGCUGUUGGGAUUAUAACCAAGAAUCAAACAUCUUGAAAAUGAUUGCUCAGCAGUGGCAUCAUGAACGACUGUCUAGAGAGUUUGAUUACUUCAGACCACGUAGACACCGUAUCCCUCGUGUAAUACAUGAUAAUGUGUCUGGAGAUUAUUCAAACAAAGCACCAACCAUAUAA